AACCAACUAUUGGCCAAGCUAUACCUUUGUUAUCACGUUGCAAAAAUGGUUCUUCCAGUGAUAAUUUUCGACUUCGAUCGAACCAUUAUCGACGACGACAGUGACAGAUGGGUCAUCAACCAAACAGGUCUCACCGACCUCUUCAACCAACUCCGAACCACCCUUCCAUGGACCUCUCUCAUGGACACAAUCAUGCAACAGCUCCACUCCAAAGGAAUCACCACCAACAACAUCAAACAAUGUCUCAAAACCGCUUUCUUGCAUCCAAACAUCGUUUCCGCCAUCAAAUCUGCACAAUCUCUAGGAUGUGAUUUGAGGAUUGUUAGUGAUGCUAAUUUGUUUUAUAUUCAGACUAUUCUUGAACACCAUGGUAUUUUAGGGUGUUUUUCGGAAAUUUAUACGAAUCCGACAUUUGUUGAUGAAAAGGGUUGUCUUCAUGUUACUCCGUUUCAUGAUUCGUUGUCAUUGCCUCCUCAUGAUUGUCACCUUUGCCCUCCCAAUAUGUGCAAGGGUUUGGUAAUAGACAGAAUACGCGCUUCAUUAGCUGAAACCGAAACAAGAUUCAUCUACCUUGGAGAUGGGACAGGUGAUUAUUGCCCGACUUUGAAGCUUAGGGAAGAUGAUUUUGUAAUGCCUAGGAAGAAUUAUCCCUUAUGGAACAGGAUUUGCAGUGAUCCAAAACUAGUUCAUGCAAAAGUUCAUGAUUGGAGCAGUGGGGAGGAGUUGGAGAACAUCUUACUCAACCUGGUCAAAAAAAUUAGUCACGUAGCUUAAAAGGUACGCGGCCGCACGAGUUACACUCUCCUGCCCCUGAUAGGUAUAAGUACUUACUAGCACCUUAAACAUGAUUUGUUCUGCGAAUUUAGAGGGUUCGGUUCUUUGGACUAGUUGCAAUCUCGCAGAAAUUUCCUAUUACCUUUCUAACAUAUAGAAAUUAUUGGAUGGAUCAGUGUUUGUAAAAAUCCAUUUAACAAGCAUUGUUUGACCUUUAUUCAUGACUGGUUAGUGUUAUUUGUAAACAUCAGAAAACAAAACUUUAACACCUAAUGCUCCAGCUCCACCGGAGAAUGAAAAACCACUAUUUUGGUUUCCAAAACAUUUCUCCUUUGUAGUUUAUUUAUAGAAAGAAGAAUGUGGAACAGCUUUCUCCUUUGUAGUUUAUUUAUAGAAAGAAGAAUGUGGAACAGCUCAAGGGUUUUUAAGAAAACAUGAAAGCAUUGAAGC